AUGACUCUUCCCACGGCAUUUGCUGAAACCACAAGGUUUUCAACGUCACAUGCCGAGAUGAGAAUCCGCAUGCUUAACCUGUAUAGGAGAUACAUUAGACAUUCUAGAGAGUUUGUCAACAAUUACGAUCUUGAUAUUCCAACAUCAGAAGUGAAGACAAAAAUUAGGCAGGAAUUUGAAAAGCACAGACACGUGAACGAUUUGGCAGUGCAGAAUGUCAUGUACAUGAAGGGUCAGAUGGAAUUCCAGGAGUUGGUGAACUUCUGGAAACAGAAAUGUCAUGUUAUGAAGUACUUCGAGAACUUUGAUUACUAUGAUAAGGCCGGAAAGAACAACUUUGUGCAGAGAUUUUUGAAGGGUGCUGACUAA